AUGCAUGCGACGACACGAAUGCUACUCGUCGUGAUUGCGAUAUUUUUGCUAAUUGAAAUUCCUGUGGCAUUAAUAUUCAUUAUGCAUCUAUUAGUCGUAUUUUAUCGAUUACUGGACAUGAGCGACUAUAAAACCGUUAACAACUUGCUGAUCGUCAGAAAUUUCCUGAUCAUACUGACUUAUCCGCUCAAUUUCGCAAUUUACUUCGGAAUGAGUUCUUCAUUCAAAUUACAGUUCCGGCAACUGUUUUCACGGCAAGUACUGUAUGUCGCCUCUCCUGCCGAAGGUGCCGGAUGGCGACCGCGAUUUUCAGUUCAACUAAUCGAUAUUCAUAAAUUGCGGAGACCAAGUCGACUCGCUAGGAAAGUGACUCAG